UUUUCAGAAAUUCCUUGAAACCUUCGAAAGAGACCGCCAUGUUUUGGAAAGUGUUCAUUGCAAGUGUGACCGUGAUCAUCGCUGUCCUCCUACAGCUUCAGCUUGAGCAGCCAUGCAUCAUCGCACAUGAGGAGGUGGUGUUAAGCGGAACAAGGCAAGAAGCAUUUGAAUUCAUGACCGACAUAGAGAAAUAUCACAAAUGGCAUCCUGGCCUCGGUCCCAUUGAAGCUGCUGAUUCUAAAAAAACACUCCAUAUUGGAAAGGUCUUCUUUGAAUCUGGACGAUAUCCCAUAAUAGGUGAUGUGAAAUACAAACUUGUGAUAACUAAUUACAGCCCGUCAACAUUCCUUAGUUUCUCAUCAGAUUCCAUCCUGUUACCACUUUAUGAAAUCACUCUCAAAGAUGAAGGUGCUAAAGUGAGCAGGGUCUAUAUCAAAGUAGUCUCAAGGAGAUACAGUUAUCUAUUCAAUUAUGCGAUAGCCCCUCUGACAAGAUUUGCCUACAAACAACAACUCCUACAGGCCUUGUUUAAUCUGAGGAUGCUUUUUCGUAAAGAUUGACACCGAAGACACUUGGACAGAAUACAUCAUUCUCACUCAGAAGCAAUAAUUUUAAGUUCACCCACCCAGAUGUCAUAACUGUAUUGUAAUGAUCCUAUUUUGCUUGCUCCAAAUUGCAAAAUGUAGGGUGAUGUUUUUUUAGCCUCAUUGGGUCUGAUUAUGGGUUGAUCGGCCCUACCGCGUGGACAACACAUUGUGCGGCUGUAAGAUUCUGUGCGUUGAAAAUUUGUAACUUGCCAAAACAUGAUACUUAGUAGAAUUCAUUAUUCUGUAUGAAAAUUUCAGUUGCCUGAUUUGCUUUGGCCGUGAAUUUGAACUUGAGAAAUAUUUCGUAUAAACUUGCGUAGAAGGAUAAUCAUGAAUGGUUUUCGAAAUUGUUUACUACUGAAAGAUGCAAAUGUGAGGACUGCCCCUGCAGACUAGUAUCACAAAGUUUCCUAGUCUCGGCACCAUGACACAUAAAAACACUGCCAAAAUGUAACUGUCAAAAUGAUUUUCAGGUUUACUAUCGUUUUUACUAUGUUGUACAUGUGUGCAUUUAACUGUAUAUUGUAUUUUAUCUCUUCUCUUUAAUAGAUGUGUGUGGUCUCUUUUUAGUAAUGCUGGUAACACUAAUUUUACGUCAGGGACUGGUGUGGCCAGAAUAACCUGUAUCAUUUUAUUUUGCGCCUUGUGGCAUAAAACGAGUGUUGUGGUAAACGGUGACUUCUGUAGUCAAGAAUUAGUCUUUGCUUAUUCCUGAUAUGCAUUUAGUGUACAAUGUAUGAUUGUGUACUUCACAAUCACAUUUGCAAGCGAAGGUAGUGCAGUGCAUAGAGCUGCAGCCAAGAGGUAGUGCCCUUCCUCAUAUUCCUUGCUUUUACUAUGUGAUGACUUACGGUGGCACUCUGUUUCAGACGUCUUAAUCAACUUUGCUGUAAUGGUAGUUAGACAACUGGCUAUGUACAUGUAUGUACAAUGUAUUUAUUCAUUGGGUGAUAUGAAUAAAGACUAGCAAAUGCUUUUAUCUAAUUAAACUCCAUGUACAUUUACACUAGGCCUUUCUGUACAAAAUUGAAGUAAAAGCAUUUGCUAGUCUUUAUUCAUAUCACCCAUUGUUGUGAAAGUUUUAAUGCAAAGACCAUUAACUUAUUAACAGCAGAAAAGUUGCAUUUGCUCAAAAAGUUGAUUUGGUGGCUUUUGAGGCAAAACUCUCAAGAAGGUCAUAUUAAAGUACACACAAAAUUUAAAAAAAACGUAGUCUUUAUUGCAUAUCAAUUCUUGGUACACAUGUGUAGAAAAUCAUUCCAUUUGCGCAGAAUCCAUGUUGUGAUCUCAAUUUUGUUGAUACAUUGUCUCGACAAUGAUACAUGUAAGUAUUGUAGGCUGCAGUUUUGUAAUCCACAUGCAUUGUUUUAUAUAUACAUUGUAUUGUUAAAAGAUUUAUCACAGGAGUAGAUAUAAUUUAAAGGCUGCACUGAUUAAGAUUGGGUAUCAAUUAUUCGGUGACAUCAAAGUACAAUAGAACCUCCCUAUUUUAAGGACAACCUCGGGACUGACAAGUGCUGUCCUUGACAAGGAGUUGUCCUGAUUAGAGAGGUCAAAUUGAAUGGAAACAAUCAACUUUGGACUAAAACUAGCGUCGUUAGGAGAGAAUUUGGAGACAUUGUACUUAAUAGAGAGGUGUCUGCUAAAGGAGGUUCCACUGUAUGUGUGAAAACGAAGUUAUAUUAAGAGAAAGCUAUAUUAACUUGGAUAGACCGUCAAGCUCGGAUGUUACAGGUGUCAAUUUUUAACAACACCUACCUCCUACAUCGUGUGAGGCUGAAUGCAACUGAUGCAGUUAACGGCCUCAGUGUGAGUGCUCGAACAGUUAACAAAAUUGUAAAUCUGUACAGUAGUUUCCAUUACAUCAUGUAUUUGUCCAUUCCCUUUUUGUUCAUCACAUCAUAUCCUAAUCAGU